GCUGCAAAAUAAGUGAGUAUCACUAUGAUCUGGAAAAGUUUCUCAUUAGCUGCCAAGCUGAUCACCUCAACUUCUUUGUGCUUUUUUUUAAUGGUGAUAUUUGUGGGGAUAGGACUGCUGGACACCACAAAAUGAAAUCAAGCUUUUAUUACUAAGGACUGGCAAGAAACUAUCAAGACUUUCAGCAACAGCGAGAUAUCUGAUGUACUUUGGACAGCUCUUUACAGCAUGGAAAUAGCAUGACUUGUUGCCAGAGGGAUGACUGAAAGUAUUGUUACUUUGGUGAAGAUUGACAUCAGUUUGCUAAAGAUGACCCUGUUGUGGCACAACUGCUGUGAUUAGUGGAAAGUCUGAGUCAGGACCAGUUCUCAGACACACAGAAGGCUGUGGUCAUGUCAAAUUCCCAACAACAGAGUUUAGAUGAGAAUGUUGUUUUCCUCCCGGUGGAUGAGUCCUCUCCAGAGUUCAUCUACUGUGAGAAGGAGCGUGAAGCAGUGGAGAGACUCCUGAACACAGGACCGGAGGCUUUCUACAGCUGCAUUGGCCCAGAACAGUCCAGCUGCUUCUUAUCUCCUGAGGAGGUCAGCCAGAUCUCCAGCUGGGCUCAGCAAUAUCAUUUUAACCCACCGCCAGUAGAAGAGGAGAAUGGUGUGGAAAACAGUUCAAAGAGUGAGGACUUCUGCUCCACUUACUUACCUGGUCACUCAGAUGUACCAGCCCCGGGCCUGGAGCUGGGCUGGCCAGAAAAACCCCACUGGUUGCUGAAAGCAAGCAUUGCAGUCCACGCCAGUCCUCCUACCGAGGGAGAGCCGCAAGUCCGGGAGAUCAUACGACGGCACUUGCAAGAGGCCAGACAAGUAAUUGCCAUUGUGACAGACAGGCUGACAGACCAUGUAGUAAUUGGGGAUUUACACAAUGCUGCCUCCCGUCAUGUUCCAGUCUACAUCAUCCUGAACCAAAGAUCCAUUCAGGAGAAUUUCACUCUCAACAGGCUGAGACAUCCGAACAUAAGGGUCCGAGUUCUUGGAGGGAAAACAUUUUGCUCAAGAAGUGGAAAGAUGAUGGUUGGGGAAAUGAAAGACAACUUCAUCCUGGUGGAUUCAGAGACAGUGAUUCAUGGAAGCUACAGCCUCACAUGGACAGACGCCCACCUGCAUCGGCAGCUGAUCACUGUUCUGAGAGGACCAGUUAUUGAAAUGUUUGACAGGGAGUUCAGGAUUCUUUUUGCUGCUUCGAUCCCAGCCCCUGAAACAUGGAGAGUCCCUGUUGUUACUCAUGCUAACAUACCUCAUCAGCUUCAAGACUUUUCACAUCUUAAGCUUCAAAAACAGGUCUUUGUUGAUCCUGAGAUCACCAGCCCUCCAUCGCCACCUACGAAUAUCCUCCUGGACUGGGAAUCAAUGGGUGUUGUUCAGAGAGACUGCCAUCUCCCUGGCAGUCCUCUUGAUCAACAUAAAGAAACUGUAGCUGAGGAAAUGCCACACUACAAUAACAAUACAGACAGAGACAUUAUGGGCAGAUUUACAUACAAAGAGCAUCAUUUUGGAGAUAAAAGAAGGAAAUGGGAAAACACAUCCCCAGUGACAGCCGGAGUAGUAGAUCAAUCAACAACUUACCACAACACAGAGCUAUUCUCUAUAAACCAAGAGAGAAUGAAAAGACUGGAAUCCACAAUAGAUAAAGCCAUUCACAGGCAGCUCUCUUUUGACAAAGACACUAAUUUACGUGACAGAACUAGAACAAGACUCCAGGAUAAAACUCCAGAUCUAACACACACCACAACGAAAACUCUGCUCUCAAGGAGGGAACCAGUUUUGGAGGAGAGUGCAAAGGAGAAAAACAGCUUUAAUGUGGACAUUACGCCAUCUUCUAGAAGGCCUGUAAUCUUGAGGGUGCCACAGAAUGAGAGCUUCAGCUCUCUGAGUGACAUCAUGAAGAGGAUUCGCCAGGGGACACCGAGCCUUUUCAGGAAAGAAUCCAGUUCUACAAUGUCAGACCGAACCCAGUCCAUGAUGGACCUGAGCGGACGCAGCAUGAGUAUGAAUCACAAUGAGAGAGGAGUCCCAGUGCCAAGGUUUCAAGCAAGUCUUGAGCCGGAUCAUAUGACACCAAAUUUAGCUCUCCUGAAGAAGAGGAAUGAAGACAUAAAAUCUUCUUUGUACAAAACCUUAAUGCCCAGAGACAGGCCUCGCAGCUCUAGUUAUGCUUUUAAUACAGACUGGAGGAGGUCACUAGCGGAGAGGGAAGGAAAGCUGGAAUGAUGAGGGAAGACGAACAUCUUCUGUCAUGAACGAAGGGCAGUGGGAGAUGUCAGCAGUGUCAAAAUAUAAUCCAAAACCAUAUACAAACUAAAACCAUUCAGAAUGUGUUUACAAAAAUGAUUCAUGUAAGAUACUGAAAUAUUAUUGUAAAUAAAUAAAAUACAUAUAUUAAACUGCAUUUAUAUAAGCAAGUUAUUACUUAGCAGGAAUGAUAUUAAUGUUGUCUCUGACUGUAUUGAAGCUUAAGCAACUGGGGGGAAAUGCACAGUUGUGUUUAAUUAAAAUCAUUUAA